AUGGACGGAAAAAAGAUUGGAUUCAUUGUCAACAGACGCGGUGGCGGCGGUAAAGGAGGCAGGACUUGGGAUAAGGCAAGUUUGGAACCUGCGGUCGCCACUCGUCUUGUAAGCACAAAAUGGAAGGUUGAGUACACACAGCACUCUGGCCAUGCCUCGGACCUCGCCCGGGAAUUUGUCAACGAAGGCUACAACAUCAUCGUCGUCGUCGGAGGUGACGGCACCAUCAGUCAGGUCGUGAACGGAUACAUGCUCGCCGACGGUAAAUCCAAGGGAUGUGCUGUUGGCAUCAUUUCUUCAGGAACAGGGGGUGAUUUCGUCCGCACCAUCAAGACUCCCAAGGAUCCUCUUGCAGCCCUUGAGUUGAUUCUGAGCACUGAAAGUACGUUGGUGGACGUUGGACAUGUCUCUGCCACCAAACCCAAUUCGCCCUCUGUCACCAACGACCAGUAUUUUAUCAACAUCUGCUCUGUCGGUAUCAGUGGAUCGAUUAUCAAGAGAGUCGAGUCGUCAUCCAUUGCAAAGUACAUCUCGGGCGGUUUGGUCUACUGGUUGUACACAUACCUUACUGGACUCGUCUACAGACCCCCACCAGUCAAGUACACGCUCACAGGAGGAUCCGCUGGCGCUGAUGACGGAAAGGAGAAGCAGAUGGGUCUCUAUAUCAUGGCUGUUGCCAAUGGACGUUACCUUGGCGGCAACAUGCACAUUGCCCCGAAAGCGCAGAUUUCCGACGGGCAGUUUGAUGUUGUGUGCUUGCACGACUUGACGUUGAUGGACGCCUUUUUCAAAGCCUCACCUGCGCUGAAGUCUGGAAACUUGAUGAACGUGCCCGCGCACCAAGCCUUCACGCAGCGCAACACCAAGGUAUCGAUCUCACCUGUCAAUGCCAAGGACAAUAUCUAUGUCGAGGCUGAUGGCGAAGUCGCCGGUGUGCUCCCCGCUAGAUGGGAGAUUAUUUCCCAAGGUUGCCGCAUGAUUCUUCCUCUCUCUCAGGGCUCCACCCAGCCUGUGUGA